UAUGCGCGUUUCGAUAUGAACAGCCUUGGUUUGAGUUUAAUUUUAAAAAUGGGCUGUAUAUGCUCCAAAGAAACUAUCACCGUAAAUUCAAGAAAUUAUACGGUUCGUGAACAUCUUGGAGAAGGCGGAUUUAGUACCAUAUUAUUAGUCGAAGAUGCCUCAACUCGCAAGAAAUAUGCCAUUAAAAAAAUCAUCUGUCAUGGAUUAGAGGAUCAGAGAUUAGCCGCAAAAGAAAUAGAGUAUCAUAAUCUUGUUAAACAUCCGAACGUGAUAGAAUGUAUCGAUUUUACUUAUAAAGGUACAGCAGAUCCGAUAGUUAAUUCUACGAGCGAAGCAUUAAUGGUUUUACCGUAUUACCAUAGGGGAACAAUUGCUAACGAAUUAGAAAGACGCGCCAGAAAUAAAGAUUACAUGAGUACAAUAGAUAUUUUAAAUAUUUUUUUACAAAUAUGCGAAGGCGUAAAAGCAUUUCACGAAGCAAAACCGGAACCUCUUGCUCAUAGAGACUUAAAAACCGCGAACAUAGUUCUAGGAGAUGGAAAUACGCCUGUUAUAAUGGAUUUAGGUUCUGUAGCCCCGGCUAGAGUUAAAGUAUGCGGAUCCCAAGCAGCUCAAACAUUGCAAGAUCUAGCAGCCGAAAGAUGUUCUAUGCCGUACAGAGCACCAGAAUUAUUUAACGUUGAAAGUUACUGUAUGGUAGAUGAACGAACGGAUAUUUGGUCUCUAGGUUGCAUCCUCUACGCGUUGUGUUAUUUCAAAUCACCGUUUGAUACCGUAUACGAAAGAGGGGAUAGCGUUGCCUUAGCUGUUAUAAGCGCAAAUAUUACAUUCCCAGAUGAUGCUCCGUACAAUGAGGAUAUGCAAAAUCUAAUUUUAUCAAUGUUGAAGGUAAAUCCCAUGGAACGUCCGUACAUAUACAGCGUUAUAGAAAACGUGCACGAUCUUAUCACUAAAUUAGAAAAUAGAGCAUAACCAUCUACAGGGCAAUAAUUUAACUGUUCAUUCGCAAUUAUUUGUAAACAGACAAUUUUUAACACCUGCAUUCUGUGCACCGAUUUAAAAGGUUUUCCUAUGGAAAAGCAAAAACGUAAUUUAUAUAAUGCAGCGAGAUAGAAUAGAAAUUUUUACGAGAAAAACUGGAAAUGUUUGCAUUAGUUCGACAUAUCAUUUUAAGAUGUUUUAUACUUAAGAGAAAGAAAAAAAAUUUAUGAAAAGUAGAUUUCUCAUCAGUAAGUUUUAACAUAUACAUAUAUUUUGAACAUGUAAAUAUGAAUAUUUUAAAGGUAUUCAAUCAUAUUUGUACGAUGCUGUGUAUAAAAUAUUUAGAUAUAAAUUUUUUUGUUGGCUAACGAAAGCGAUUUUCCGCUCUUUCAUAAAAAUUGAUUUCAAUUGAUAUUGUAUAAUAUUCCCGUCUAAAGUACAAUUUUAUGAACUGAGCACUUUUUCUAAAAGUAUGUAAAGCUACAUAUUGUUUAAAUAUGUAAAUACGUCAGCAAUACGUAUUAUUAAAAUUAAUAUAGGUACA